CCUACCUUGGAAAUCAAUAUUUUGGAAUAAAAGGAAAAAAGAAAAACAGUACUGCUGAAAGCUUUCGGUGACGUCAAUGUAGAACCUUGAAACUUCCGCUGUCAAAGUUUAUUCGUUUAUUCUAGUCCGUAGAAGUCAACGAUUUGGGAGCAACUGACAACGAGAACUCUUCUUUAAGGCAGAGGAGAUCAUUAGGAAAUCGUCUAAUAUAAAACUUGGAGACGCAUAUUGGAAGAAUUGAUGUGAGGAAUGUUGGUGAUUGUCUGUUUACUUUUUUUCUUCCAUCAACAACCGACCCACGCUUUAUGCCGUGAAGCUGCUGGUGCUGGAGUAGCAGGUGACAUUUCUCCUACCUUGGAAAUCGAUGUUUUGGAAUACAAAGACGAAUACGUGCUUCCUACAGGCUACGGAGCCACAAUUAUUUGCAGAAGCAAUUGUCCGAAGCUUCGAUGCUCUAUGUAUGAAAAGCCAUAUCAGAUUACUCUACUUUUCAAUGGAACAUUAGCAAAAUCGUGUAGUGGAGGCAACCCCCAGAAAACAUGCUCUUACUUUAUCCACAAUACUGCAGAAGGUAAUUCUGGAGACUACACAUGCAAAACCUACAACCAAUAUGGCUGCACAAUGGAUACGCUAAGAUUGGUUUUCAAAGAACCAUCACCACCUCGAUUUCUUGUUAAGAAUCCUCGCCAACUUAUCGUGCCCAUUAGAGGUAAUGCAACUUUGACCUGUAGCGCGACCGGUAUUCCCCUCCCAGUCAUUAGGUGGUACAAGAAUGGUCAUCCUGUGCCAAGGUCAUCUGCGACAGAAUUCAAAGGUCACUCGCAAUUAGAAUUGCAGGCUGUUGGUCUUAGAGAUCAAGGGAAGUACUGGUGCGAGGCAAACAGCACAGAAGGAUGGGACAGAACUUCCCCAACGACUUUGAAAGUCCUUUGGAAACCAGUUUUCUUCAUCCAUCCCCAUAGAUACAUUGCCCAUCUUAACAGAGAUGGCUUUGCCGCAGUGACCCUCUCCUGUGAAGCAAGAGGCUUUCCUACUCCUGUGAUCAGUUGGUUGCAGGACAAAACGCUUUUGAAGUCGGAUUCUACCGUAACUCAGAAUGGAGAUACGUCCUCACUCACCGUUGUCUUCACGACGGAAACAGAACAACCCUUAAAAUACCGUUGCCUGGCAAAUAAUUCAAUGGGGAAGACUUGGUCCAAGGAGGGGGAAGUAACUAUAAUAGCAUCUGCACAACGAAAGAUUCCCGUUUCAGAUGACAAUUCAUCCUCGUCUCUAGGCGUUUCUAAAGCUGUGGGGAUUUCGAUUUCUAUCGGGUCAGCUUUUUUAAUUAUCAACUCAGUCCUAAUAGUUGUCCUCUACAAGAAGUGCAGAAAACCUACCACCGAAAACAUCCAAAUGGAUCAUGCUCAGCGAUUUCCAAACUUGCACGCGCGUGCAAACGCCAUGGGCACCCGAAGAGAGGAACCAACAACACUACGUUACCAGAAGAGAGAGAUGGCGGAAAUGAUACGGCGAAGCCAAAGUCUUGAAAGCGAUGUCCAAAAUGGUGAUGAUAAUGAGAAUUUAACUCAACGCUUUUAGCGUCUGAACAACAGUAACAUCGUUAAAAGGACUUUUUCAUCCUGAUAGCUGAUCGAUAUUGGAUCACAAACCCCGGUGUUGUGCCUAGCUUCGUCAUAUAAUGAGUUAAGCUAAUUGCGAGGUCUCUCCUUCCAGUUGAGAGAAGUCUGGAAAGGACUCUUUUGGGUAAUAGUUGUCUCACUUCGAAACCUAAGUGGAAGUCACUUUUUAAGACUAUGUCACAAACGUUCGCAAUAAAAGAUGUUGUGUUAUUGGCAGAAAGUUGUUGAAACACUUCUUUUGAACUUUUUUAUUUUCUCUUUUUUAUUAAACCCCUUUAGGAAAACAUUUCAUUGCGUACUUAGUUUCGAUAUUAUGAUUCUGAUGUUAUAUACAUAAGUUGUAGUGUUAAAGUCUGAAUUGUACUCCAUU